UCGGAACUACCGGGCAAAAUGGCGUGGGCCAACCAGGGAAUGCAAGCGCUCAUUCCCGUUAUAAAUAGGGUCCAGGAUGCAUUUUCUCAACUAGGUACUAGUGUAAAUUUUGAACUGCCUCAAAUUGCUGUUGUUGGUGGACAGAGUGCCGGAAAAUCAUCAGUAUUGGAGAAUUUUGUUGGAAGGUAAGC